ACUGUCUUGUCGUGCGCCGUCCCAUUGCUGUUGUUCCUUUCGCUGGAUUUGAUUUAUUGUGCGCUGCCUCGACGCAGCGACGCAGCGAACGACGUUGUCGGUGCCCGAGUGAGGCAGCUGGAUCGUGUGCGCCGCUGUGACUGGAAACUAGUCUUUCUUCAGUUGCCUUCCCAUGGGUGUUAGGAUGUUGCAGCGGCGGUUGAUUCCAUUCCUUUCACGACAAUACCCUCGCAACCAAAACUCUGAAGUAUCCUCUUGGCAUUCUUCUAUCAAUGCAAUAUUAACCAGAUAUGGACUUAAUAAUAGGGGAGUUCAGACACAAACAAAUCCAUCUAACCAUGUAAGUGAAGAAAAUUCAGAAGAUAAGGAAGCUCUCAGCCUUAAGCCAAGUUCUGACCCAAAAAUCAGUACUGAGAGUUCUUCUGUAAAAUUUUCUGCCAAGUCCAGUUUGAAAACGUCCUCAAGGCAUGAUCUUGCAAUGAUUUUCACCUGUAAGGUCUGUGAAACAAGAUCCAUCAAGACAGUUUGUCGUGAAUCCUAUGAGAAAGGUGUGGUGGUUGCAAGGUGUGGUGGCUGUAAUAAUCUACACCUGAUUGCAGAUCGUCUUGGGUGGUUUGGUGAGCCAGGAAGUGUCGAGGAUUUCUUGGCCGCUCGUGGAGAAGAUGUGAAAAAAGGUUCCAUUGACACACUGAAUCUUACGCUAGAAGAUAUAGCUGGAACAAAAUCUUGAGAAGCUGAAAUUUGACAAAUACAUGGCUAAACUUGAGUGAAUUGUCUAUAAUUCUUUGAAAGUUGGAAGAAUUGUAACAUAUAGUAUAUUUUUCAUUGAAGUAAGUUGGAAGGGUUGUAAUUUCAAAACUAAGAAGUUAUUGGUAAAAUAUGCAAAGUUUGAAGGGGA